AUGUUAAAAUUAAUAAUAUUAAUUUUGACCUUCUUGAAAUAUUUUAUAGUUAGAACAGCUCUAACUCCAGUUAAUAUUUUAAAUACCUCUUCUGAUCCAGUAAUUGCGACAUCUAUUUUUAUCGAAACUUAACCAUAUAUUGUAUAUGUUGGAGCAGAUAAUAACAUCUACAUAUAUGAUCCUAUACAAAAUUUGGAUCUAAAUAAUGUACUCAUUACGACAACUUCUCCUACUUUUAUUCAAGAUAUAAACUCUGUUGUAUAGGGAAAAUACUUUGUGGCUAUAGCAGUAGAUAAAAUCAAGAUUGUUGAAAUAUUAAUACCCUCAUUAAACUUUGGUACACCUAGUUCAAUAAGCUAUUAAGCAGGAACAUCAUGCUAUAGUAUGCUUUAUAAUCCAAGUUUAGAUACUUUGUUUUGGGCAGAAGGUAAAGCAAAAAUCUAAAGUGUUCAAUUAUCAAACUUAGCUACUGUAAAUACAAUAACAGUCACUUCUGUUAGUUAAAUAGUAUUUAUUGGAUUAUGGAAAUAAAAAUCAUAAUGGUUUGUAAUAGAUUCUAUUCAUAAACUACAUUUAUUAGAUGCUAGUUAAAACUCAAUAGCAACAACUACUCUUUCUAACUAACCUACUAGCGUAUCAUAUGUCUACGGAUAGCUAACAGAAUAUAUUAUUAGUUGUUAUUAUACUCCUAUGUAAUGUCAAAUAUUUCCAAUCUCUCCAUCAACUGCAACUAUCUCAUCAGCUAUAUUAAUUUCAUAAACUGUUUAUCUAGAGUUCUCAUAUGGAUAUGUGCUUAUUUAGAUAUAUGUUGACCCUGGGCUCUCUACUUAUUUGAUAGAGUAUAAUAUUUUAACAGGUUAAUAAAGCAAGCUAUUGUUGGCGAAUGAAGAUAUCACUGCUGGUAUUAAUCAAUUUGCUAAUUAUAAUAUAAGAACUAAAACUAUUGUGAUGAAUUCAAGUAGUUCAAGUGUGAUAAACUCUAGUUUACUUUCUACUUAGUGCUCUAAAAAAUGUGUUGGAUGUCUUUAAAGCAAUUUUUGUACUGCUUGUGAUGUAACAAAAAAUAGAAUUUAUGGAAAGGGUUAUAACUGUUCUUGCAGAUAAGGAUACUUUGAAGAUAACGAUGAAAAUUGCAUUAAAUGUGCUGAUCAAAAUUGUUCAGUAUGUAGUUCAACUUAAACAAGUUCAUGUAUUUAAUGCUACAGUGGAUAUUAACUAGUUAGUUCUUAAUGUUCUAACUGUCCUUUAGGUUACUUUUAUGAUACUUCUAACUGUAUCAGAUGUAAUUUUAAUUGUUCUUCUUGUAGUAGUUUGUCGUAAUGCAUUACCUGCAAUCCAUACAAUCCUCUAAUUGUUUAAUCUCCACCAACAUGUGCAUGUAAAGAUGGUUAUUACUUAGAUUCAAUAAAUUAGAUUUGCUAAAAGUGCCAUGCUAGCUGUAAUACUUGUAAUGGACCUUUUAGUAAUUAAUGUUUAACAUGCAGCAAUUACCCUGCAUAUUCAACACUUGAUCCUAAUACAGGGUUAUGCAAUUGUUCACCAGGAUAUUAUAGAACAAGUGAAGGAACUUGCAGCUAAUGCUCUUAGUACUGUAAUUCUUGUGAAAACUCAAGCACUUAAUGUACUAGUUGUGAUGCUACUUAAAAUAGGAUUUUAAAUUCGAAUGCUUAAUGCGUGUGUAUAAGUGGGUAUGCAGAAGAUUCAACUUCUACUAAAUGCUUAUAGUGCACAUCAGCAAAGUGUGCUUCAUGUUCUAAAGCUAAUUUAGGUAAAUGUACAUCUUGCAUCAUAGAAAAUGGUAUUCAGUUAGUACUAAAUGGUAAUAACUGUUCUUGCCCUUCAGGAUAUUAUGAUAAUGGUACAAGUUGUAUUACAUGCCACUAUACAUGUAAUAGCUGUAGUGGCUAGCAAUAAAAUUAAUGCACAUCAUGUAACUAUUCUUUGACAUUAUAAGCAGACAACACCUGUAAAUGUGCUGCUGGGCAUUAUUUUUUAAAUGGUUAGUGCUUACCAUGCAGCAAUACAUGUGAUACAUAAGGAUGCGUUUUUGAUGCUAGUAUAUGCAUAGCUUGUGCAGCAAAUAGUUACAUGGUUGGUACUUCUCCAGGUAAAUGUUAUUGCAAUAAUUAGUACUAUUUUGAUGGAAAUAAAUGUCAGUAAUGUUCAUAAUAACUAUGUUAAACGUGUACAUCCACCUAAUGUAUAUAAUGUUUGCCAAAUGCUUAAUUUGAUAUCAAUGGUAUUUGCUAGUGUGUUAGUGGUUUUUAUAACAAUAGUGGUAGUUGCAGUCCUUGUGCUGCAAACUGUUUAACAUGUGACCACACAGGAUGCUUAACAUAUAAAUGUGAUCCUACUUGUAAAACGUGUACUGGUUCAAACAAUAACAAUUGUACUGAUUGCUAUCAAUCUUAAAACAGAAAGCUUAAUGCCGCUACAGGAACUUGUGAUUGUGUAACAUCAACUUAUUUAGUUCAAAAUUAUAUUUGCUUGCUAUGUCAUCCUUCUUGCUUUAGCUGCACAGGACCUUAAGCUAAUCAAUGCCAAAGUUGUAUUGAUUCAAAUAUGAAUUUUUCAAAUGGUUAUUGUUAAAAUUGCAAAGAUGGAUAUUUUAAGCUUGAAAAUGUCUGUUAAAUAUGUAAUAGCGGAUGUAAAAGAUGCGUUAACUCAGCCACCUUUUGCUUAUAAUGUUCUAAUUAACUAUUAUUAUAAUCAAACAAUACUUGCUAAUGCAAUCCAGAUUCACAUAUUAUAAACACAGACCAAUGUUAACUAAAUAGUUGUGACCCUACCAAAUUUUGUAAAACUUGCCUAUCUGAUCUGAAAACAUGUCUAUCAUGUGAUUCAACAUAAAACCGUUACUUAUAUGGAACCCAGUGCCUAUGUUUGCCUGGAUAUGGAUAAGACGCUUCAGGUAAUUGUGUCUUAUGUAAUUAUCCUUGCUUUAGAUGCUCAAACAAUGAUCACACUGUAUGUACAUAAUGUGAUCAUUAAAGUUUUAGAAUACUUUAAGGUUCUACUUGUGUCUGUUAACAUGGAUACUACGAUGAUGGGACAAACAUGGUUUGUAAACAAUGCAAAAACAAUUGCUUGACUUGUUCUGAUGGUAUUUCGUGCUUAACUUGUAAAAGUGACAGAGAUGCAACACAUAAUUGCUAAUGUUUAGCUGAAAAUUAUUCUGAUUAUGGAUUCCUAAGUUAAUGUGUUAAAUGCCCAUUUGGGUAUUUCUCUUCUCCUACAGAUACAAGUAAAUGUUUGUAAUGUGACUCAAAAUGCUUAGAAUGCACUACAACUAGUACUAAUUGUAAAUCUUGUGAUCCAAAAAGCCUUAGAGUUAUAGGUUCUAAUACAUGUAAUUGCCCUCCUUAAUUUCCUUUAGAUGAUGGUACUUAGUGUCUGCCUUGUCCAUACUAUUGCCCAACUGGUUGUUAAGUUUAACUUUCAGAUCCUACCAAAAAAUUUAUAAAUGUUUGCACAGUAUGUGAUAAUACAUUUAACCGUACUUUAACUCCUGAUUAUCUUUGUAAAUGCAAUGAUGGAUAUUAUGACUAAAUAGGAACUGGAGCUUGUUAGCAAUGCCAUUACUCGUGUGCUUCUUGUACUGGUCCUGGUGUUAGCUAAUGUCUUACAUGCCCAGUUGAUAGAGAUUAAAACACAGUUGUUGAUCCUAAUACAUUUAUUUGUACAUGUAAAUAAUAAUAUUAUGAUGAUCCAAUCAGCAAAUCAUGUAAAUAAUGCAAUUUAUCCUGCAAACUAUGCAGUAAUUUAAACACUUGUCUUUCUUGCUCUGAUCCUUUAAUGAUUCUAAAAAAUGGAGUUUGUACAUGUCCUAAUGGAUAUUAUUUGAAUCCUUAGCCUGGUCAUCUUAAUUCUUGCCUACCUUGUCACCAUAGUUGUGGAACAUGCUUAAAUAAUAAUUAAGUAGAUAACUGUUUGACUUGUGCUCACUAUACUAGGAUAUUCUAAUUCAAUCCAGCUAAAAGCGACUAAACAGGAACAUGUAAUUGUGUAGCUAAUUUAUUUGAAUCAACAAUAAAUCCAAUUGAAUGUGUUUAGUGCCAUUAUACUUGCUUAACUUGCUAAGGAGGAUCGAAUACUUAGUGCAUGACUUGUGAUCCAGAUAUGAACAGAGAGUUAUCGACUGCACCUAAUCCUGGUCCUGGAUAAUGUAAUUGUAAACCAAAUUAUUAAGCUUCGUCAGGAACUGCAUUAUGCACUAAUUGUGAUAUCAGCUGUUAAACUUGUAGUGGUCCUAAUUAUAAUUAAUGUUUAACCUGUGAUUCAACAAGAAAUUUACAAACUUCUGGUGCUUAGUAAACUUGCCCAUGCAAAAAUGCAUUCUAUGAAGCAUAUAAACCUAAAUGUUAAGCAUGCCAUUACUCUUGCGCUACUUGUGAUGGACCAAAUAACUACAAUUGUUUGACAUGUCCAGCUGCUGGUUCAUUUAGAUUAAAUGGAUAAAUACCACUUUGCCCAUGUUAAAACUAUUAUUAUGAUGAUGGUAAAAAUUAAAAUUGUGUACCUUGUAAUUAUAAAUGUGCAUAAUGCCUUUAAGGUUCACCAAAUGUUUGUACAUCUUGCUUAUUAAGUGAUAAUAGAGUUUACAAUCCGCUUUCUUAAAAUUGUGAUUGUAUAAAUGGAUAUUAUGAUGAUGGAGCUACUCAAUGCAUUUAAUGUGAUCCUUAGUGUGUUACAUGCUAGGAUACAACUGGAUCUUGUCUAACUUGUGAUAGUUCAAAAAACAGAACUCUGGAUUCUUCAAGCCAUAAAUGUAUUUGUUAGAAUGGAUAUUUUAGCUUAGAUAUUAGCAAUUAAGAUGUAUGCUAAAAAUGUCCUAGUGUAUGUCCGGAUUGUGAUAAGUAAACAGGUUAAUGCAAAAGUUGCUUUGGAAAUAAUAGAGUUCUUCCAAAUUGUAAUUGUCAAACUGGAUAUUAUGAUGUAGGGGAUGGUAAUUGUUAAUAAUGUGAUAAGAGUUGUCCAAAGUCGUGUUAAGGACCAUUAAAAAAUUAAUGUUUAGAUUGUACAUCCUUAAUUAACGGUUAAAAUCUAUAUAGAAAUUUUAAUUAGAUUACUGGUAUGACUACUGGUACUUGUGAUUGCAUGGAUGGUUAUAGUGAAGAUACUUAAAAUCCUACUUAUUCGCAAUGUAUAAAGUGUAGCCCAAAAUGUUUAACAUGUUUAUAAUAAAACAAUUCGUAUGCUUGUCUAAGCUGUAGAUCUAGUUAGUUUAGAUACCUUCAAAAUAACUAGUGUUUAUGCUUACCAGGAUAUUACGAUGAUGGAACCAAUUGUUAAGUUUGCGAUGCAAGGUGUAAGACAUGUAGUAGCAGUUCAACAAAAUGUACUAGCUGCUCUGAUUCUAAUAAUAGAUAGCUAAAUACCUCUACAAAAAAAUGUGAUUGUAAGUUAGGUUAUUAUGUAGAUCCUGUAAACAUCAGUAAUCCUACUUGUCUAAAAUGUCAUUAUUCUUGCUAAUCAUGUAACGGUCCCAAUUAAACCGAUUGCUUGACAUGUGAUAUUAAUUAAGGACGUAAAAUAAAUGGAGGAACAUGUAUUUGUAUUGAUGGAACUUAUGAUGAUAAUUCAAAUCAAUUAUGUGUAUCUUGUGACUGGUCAUGCAGCACUUGCUCUUAAACCGGUAUUGAUUGUUAAACAUGCGAUUCUACGAGAACUUUACAGAAUGUUACAGAUUAGUAAGGAAAUAUUCACAAUCUCUGUGUAUGUAAUCCAAAUUAUUAUUCUGUUUAUCCAAAUAAACAGUGCCUUAAAUGCCAUUAUAGUUGUCAAUAUUGUACUGGUCCAGGAUAAUAUGAUUGUACUUCUUGUGAAAGUACAGCUUUUAGAGUUUAAGGUACUUUAAAUAGUAAUGGAAUAACUUUUUCUUGUAAUUGCAUGGUAGGUUAUUUCGAUGCUGCAGGAUAGUAUUAAUGUAAAACUUGUCCUUAUGAUUGUAAAACAUGUGUUCGUGACUCAGUCAAUUAAGAAUGCUUGACAUGUGAUCCUGCUAGCAAUCGUUAAUUAAAUUAUGUUACGGGGAGAUGUGAUUGCAAGCCUGGAUAUUUUGAAGAUGUAGGUUUAAGUGAGCCUGUAUGCUAACCUUGUCAUGCUUCUUGUUCUUAAUGUAAAGCAAGUACAUUUUAAGACUGUACAUAGUGUAGUUCUCUUAAUUUUAGAACUUUUUAAAAUGGAUAAUGUGCUUGUUUAGCUGGAUAUUAUAAUAUUGAUAGUAAUACCUCUUAAUGUGCUUCUUGUCACUACUCAUGUAAAACAUGUAAUGAUAUAACUGGUAGUUCAAACAAUGCUUGUUUGACAUGUGAUGCUAAUAGUUUUAGAUAAUAAAAUGGUACCUAUUGUUAAUGUAUCACAGGAUAUAUGGAUAUACCUAACUAAAAAGCUUGUUAGCAAUGCCAUUUUAGUUGCGCUUCCUGUGAUAGCACUUUACCAAUAACUACAAAUUAAUGCUUAUCUUGUAAUGCUGUAAAUAACAGGGUUUUGCUAGGUAGCAAUUGCCCUUGUAAAACAGGUUUUUACGAAAUUCCAGGUAAUCCUGUUUGCUAGCCUUGUGAUCCGAGUUGCUUAACUUGUAGUGGAAGUUCUCCAUCAUAAUGCCUAAGCUGUGAUCCUACGAAUAACAGAGUCUAAAUUGGAUAAACUUGCCCAUGCGCUGUUGGUUAUUUUUCAAUAGGCACAAAUAAUGCAAAAUGUGUAAGCUGUCACUAUAAAUGUCUCACUUGCAAUGGACCUAACUAUAACCAAUGCACAAGUUGUGAUAGCUCAAUGUAAAGAGUUCUGAUUAAUAACUAGUGCCAAUGCUAAUCAAACUUAUUUGAUAUUAUAGAUACAAAGUUAUGUUCUAGUUGCCACUAUUCUUGUCUUUAGUGCACAUCUAACACUCAAUACAGUUGUACAUCUUGUCCUAUAGGAUCUAAUAGAACAUUAGUUAAUAAUCAAUGUCUUUGUAACGAUGGCUACUUUGAUAAAAGUUUAACUUAAGCAUGCUAAAAAUGUGAUUUUAGGUGCAAAACUUGUGAUCCAACAAAUACGAGUAAAUGUCUUUCAUGCAGUGCUGCUAAUAAUAGAAUAUAAAGUGGAAAUAGUUGCAACUGUAUUAAUGGGUACUUCGAAGGUAAUUAACCUGCAUGCAUACAAUGUGAUGUAACUUGCUUGUCAUGUAAUGGUGCAGGCCCUUCUUCUUGCACAGCAUGUGAUGCUAAUCAAUUCCGUUAAUUAAUGCCAGAUAACACAUGUAGAUGUAUAUCUGGAUAUUAUUUUGAUACAGGAAGUUAAAAAUGUUUACCAUGCGAUAGUAAUUGUUUGCAAUGCUAUGGCAAUGCAAAAUAAUGUACUGCUUGUGACUCAAGUCAAAUAUUAUCUCCUUAAACAAACACUUGUGUUUGUGCUAAUAGAUAUUAUAGUAACAAUUCUAUUUGCUAGCCUUGUGACCCAUCAUGUCUUUAAUGCACUGGUCCAUUAGCAACAUAAUGCUCAUUAUGCAGUAAUACUGAUAAUAGAACUCUUGUUGGAAAUUAAUGUUAAUGCAGCAAUGGAUUUUACAAUAUUCCUGGAAAAAGUUAAUGUGCUCCUUGUCAUUACAGCUGUCUUACAUGCAAUGGACCUAAUUCUAAUAACUGCCUUAGCUGCGAUUUAGCAAAUAGCUAAAGAUAGUAAAAUGGUAACUAAUGCGGAUGUACUACUGGGUAUUUUGAUGCUAAUACAGCAGUUUGUUAAAAGUGUCAUUACUCUUGUAGGUCUUGUGAUUAAUAAGGCCCAAAUGAUUGCUUAGAUUGCCAAGUAAAUGUACAUAGAAACUAUGUAGCACCUUUAAAAAAAUGCAGUUGUAUAGAUGGAUUUUAUGAUGAUGCAGUAUCUUAAUCUUGUCUUGCUUGUGACCUUUCUUGUUAGACUUGUUAAGGAGCAGGACCAAGUAAUUGUCUCACAUGCAACUUGAGUCAAAACAAUCGUAUUUAUAAUUCUGUAACAGGAUUAUGUUAAUGCAUUGAUGGUACCUUUAAUAUUCCAAAUUAAGCAAGAUGUGGACCUUGCCAUUACAGUUGUUAAGCUUGUUCUUCUUCUACAGCAUCUAAUGCCUGCACAUCUUGCAGUGCUUCAAAUUAAAGAACAUACAACAGUGGAACAAAUAGAUGUGAUUGCAACGAUGGAUAUUAUGAUGAUACACUUUCUCCUCUUUGUGCUCCAUGUAACUUUACUUGUAAGACUUGCCAGAAAGGAGAUGCUAAUUCAUGCACCAGCUGUGACUCAGUCAACUAUUUUAGGUAGUAUAAUUAAGUUAAAUAGACAUGCGAUUGCUAGAAUGGCUAUUAUUCUCAAUUAGGAAUUUAGAGAUGCCAACCUUGCCACUUUACAUGCAGUACAUGUAAUGGAUCAGCAGAAAACAAUUGUCUUAGCUGCUCACUUGAAUCUAAGAGAUACUUGACAGCUAGCAAUACAUGUGCUUGUUAAGUUGGCUUUUAUGAGGUAGUUUCACCUGAUAAUCCGGCAGUAAGAAUAUGCUAGCCUUGUAGUCCCACAUGCUUUUCAUGUUCUACUUACUCUAUGUGUUAAGGAUGCAGAAGUACUGACAAUAGAGUUAUAAAUCCUGUCACUAAAACUUGUGAUUGCAAAGAUGGAUUUUAUUAAGUUUCCUCUGGUGGUACCAUAUAACCAAUAUGCUAACCUUGUUCAAGUGCAAACAAUUUAAUAGUCUCAUAAGAUAAGCAAUCAUGUAUUUGUAAGCCAGGAUAUUAUAUGAACACUUAAGGUAUUUGCUCAUAAUGUCCUAUUUCAUGUUCUGAAUGCAGCAGCUUUAGUAAUUGCACUAUUUGUGAUGCAGCUAAUUUUAGAUAGCUUUAAUCUGGUGCUUGUGUUCCUAUGGCUGGAUAUUUUGAAUCAGGUUAAAAAGCAGCAUCUAAAUGUGACCAAGUUUGUAAGACUUGCUCAGUAAAAGCAACUAAUUGUAUUACUUGUAGGACUGAAGAUGGAUUUUAGAUGUAAAGUAAUACUAAUUUGUGUAUAUGUAAUCCAGGAUAUACAUAAACACAAGUUGAUGACUCAGGAAUGACAGUUUGUCGCAGUCCGUAAGAGCUCGCAUAGCAAUCUGAGACUAAUGGAAAUGUCAUGUGGUUUUAUAUAUUCUUAUGUAUUUCAGCUAUUCUUGCAAUGAUUAUAAUUAUAUACAUAGCAAGAAGAACAUGCUUCAAAAGUGGCCCAAAAGCACAAACAGUUCAUGUUUUAAAUCAAAGUAAUUAAGACAUUUUUAACAUUAGAAAUGAAUCAAAUCUUAACUUAGAAGAUAUUUAAAAUGCCUCAGUCUAGUAAGCUGCUUAAUAGAAUGACGAUUUUGGAAUUAUUCCAAAUAAAAAAAAAGAAGUUACUAUAAAUCCUCUUAAUGAAAAAAUUAAAGAAGAUAAUCUAUGA